AUGGAGAAGAAGGGAACGGGGAAUGGCGUGGCAGCUAUGGCAGCCUACUACCAGAGUUUUGACCCUGUGGCGUAUCUGCAGUAUAACUACACUCCACCACGCGCUGACUUUGAGCGACACGACAGCAUUGUGCCAUGGAAGCUGGGAUGUCUGCAUAGAGCUUUUACUGAAGGCGAUGUGAAUGGGGAGCUGCUGGUGGACAUAGGUUCGGGUCCCACGUUGUACCAGGUGCUGAGCGGCUGUGAGCUGUUUGGUAAGGUGGUCCUCACAGAUUUUCUGGAGGUCAACCGGCGGGAGUUAAGACGCUGGCUCCAGGACGAGGAAGGAUGCAGUCUCGACUGGACACCUUACCUGCAGCACGUCUGCAAGCUGGAGGGACGACGGCCCUCAGCGUGGACAGAGAAGGCCGCCAGGCUGCGUCAGGUAGUCUCAGACAUCCUCCCAAUCGAUGUGCACUGUCCUCAGCCUCUGGCCCCGAAUGCCCUUCCUUCAGCUGGGGCCGACUGCCUGGUGUCCAGUUUCUGCCUAGAGAGCGUCAGCCCUGACUUGACCACUUUCACCAGAGCACUGGGCCAUAUCCGGGGACUGCUGAGGCCCGGGGGCCAUCUGCUGCUCAUUGGAGCCCUGGGAGAGAGUUACUACCUUGGGGGUCCCGGAGUGAAGAUCCCCGUGGUGCCCCUGAACGAGGCCCAGGUCUGCACAAGCUUGAAAGACAGCGGCUACACUCUGAUCAGGCUGGAGGUGUACAACCUGCCCGAGGACAUGAGGGUGGGGGUAGAUGAUGUGUCUGGGGUGUUUUUUGUAAAGGCCAGGAAGGAGUGA